AAUAACGCGCAGUCUGGAGAGCAGAUCCAGCGCCUUAUUACACACUCAUACACUCACACACACCCUCUCACACACACCACAUAUAUACUCACACACACACCAACUCACUAACUCACACUUACACGCCCUCUGGGAGCAGCAGUGUACCGUCUGCCUGUUUUCCUCCAGAAGAAGGUCAGGGUUCCUGAGCGACUGACGCCUCACCAUGUCGCGUGUGUGUGUGCUGUGCAUGUCGGUGCUGCUGGCAGUGUUUAUGCUGUGUGGAGCAGGGCCUGAGACGGCUCCUCCAUCGUAUGGUGAAAGGGGCUCUGACCUGGGCCUGCAGGUGUUUCAGCAAGUGGUAAAGGCAAAGCCUCAGGAUAAUGUGGUUAUCUCCCCCCACGGUGUAGCCUCCAUUCUCGGCAUGCUGCUGCCUGGAGCCCACGGCCCCACCAAGCGCCAGCUCAUUGGAGGACUUCAUUAUAGGAACAAAGGUCCCUAUAAGAUGCUGAGGAAGCUCCACAAGGUCCUGACAUCCAAGACGAACGCAGACCUCGUAACCAUUGCUAAUGCUCUCUUUGCCAGGGAGGGCUUCAGCAUGCAUGACGCUUUCCUGGAAGCCAGCAGGGACAAUUUCAUGGCUGAUAGCCGGACCCUCGACUACGGAAAUCCACAGCAGGCUGCGGACACCAUCAAUGAGUGGGUCAGCAACAAAACGAAGGGCCACAUCCAGAACCUUGUGCAGCCAGAUAUGCUGGACCCAGCUCUGACGCGGCUGGUGGCGGUGAAUUCCAUCUACUUCAAAGGCCUGUGGAAGUCACGCUUCCAAGCCCAGAGCACCAAGAUGAGGAGCUUCACAGCUGGAGACGGAAAAUCCUACAAAGUGCCCAUGAUGUCCCAGCUUUCAGUCUACAACAUGGGCGUGGCCAGUACUCCUGAUGGUGUCAAGUAUAAGGUGAUCGAGUUACCGUAUCACGGCAACACCAUGAGCAUGUUCAUUGCUCUGCCGUCUGAGGAGGCCACACCGCUGGCAGCCAUCAUGCCUCACCUCUCCACAACAACAGUGUCCAGUUGGUCUACAGGCGUGAUGCGACAGGGGAAGAUCCGCCUCCUACUGCCAAAGUUCACAGCGGAGGCGGAGGUGGACCUGCAGGGCCCUCUCUCUGCUCUGGGUAUAACAGACAUUUUUAAUGAGGGAAAAGCUGACUUCAGACACCUCAGUCCAGAACCUGUUCAUGUAUCCAAAGCUCUGCAGAAAGCCAAAAUAGAAGUAAAUGAGGACGGGACUAAAGCAACCGCUGCAACAACUUCAAUCUUGCUGGCCCGGUCCUCACCUCCCUGGGUGAUUGUAGACAGACCAUUCCUGUUCCUCAUCAGACACAACUCUUCAGGAACUAUUCUGUUUGCUGGUCAAAUCAACAAACCGUGAACAAGCUAACAGAAGGACACACACUGCUGCAGUACAUUUCACUCUCAUUUGGACUGUGUUCAUUUAGGACGAACACCGCUCUGACUGUUCUGUUGAACACUAUUUUAUUUCUCUGUUUAUUUACCUUCAUGGCAGGUCAGCUCCUGUUGUUACAUUCAGUUUUGUUCUGAUUUGUUUGUGGGUUUUUUAUGAGUUAAAAGAUGCCUAAUGUGCCUAGUGCAAAUGUUUCCACUAUAAAGAUGUUCAUAAUUUCAGCAUUGAAUCAUUUAACCAGCAGUUUCUCCUUUUAUUAGUUUAUAUUUUCCACACAUAAUCAAUCAAUCCGUGUUUUUUUUUUUUGUUGUUGUUGUUUUGUUUUAUUGUAUUAUACCUUUUCCACUGUUGACUUUUUGUUUGGGCAUCAGUUACAUGCAUUAAUGUUAGUUCUGUCCAAAUAAAAGUAGAUUAUAUA